AUGUCUCCAUAUACCACUGUUCGACCACCGAUGCCUCCAUAUACCAUCGUUCAACCAGACCGUUCGCCUGACCCAAGACAACCAGCCUUUUUCGACUACAACUUGCCUCCGCCGUUUUACUAUCCAACCUCUCCGAUACUUUGUCAACCGCCGUCACCCAUGCUUCCAUCGCAACUGCCUCCAACGCCGGUUACAAUAACUGAGAAGAAGAUUGAAAUGCAGUACAACUUGCAACAGCAGCUAGCAUCACGCAAUGCGAUGUUUCCACCGCUCUCUCCCAUCAUGAUGGGCUAUCCUCCUCAGCCUGAUUAUAGGAACCAAAUACUCAAUAUGUACGGUGGUGGGCCUGGGUUUGGUAUGAUGGCGCGCGGAAGUCGCCGAUUUGAAACCCAAACACCCUCAUUUAAGAUGCUGGACCAGUUUCGUUUGGCUAAGGGCAAGAAAUGGGAGCUCAAGAACCUCAAAGGUCAUAUUGUCAAAUUCAGCAGCGAUCCACACGGAUCACGUUUCAUUCAAACCAAGCUCAAUAGUGCCACAAGUGAAGAAAUCCAAUGCGUAUUCGAUGAAAUCGACCCCGACAAUACAUUACAUCUAAUUCAAGAUGUUUUCGGUAAUUAUGUAAUACAGAAGCUACUGGAACAUGGUACCCAGGCCCACAAGGACACUCUUGUUGGUGCCAUGGAAGGCCAUAUCAUCUAUCUAUCAUCCAAUGUCUAUGGCUGCCGCGUCGUGCAAAAAGCUUUUGAAUGUGUAACUCCGGAGCAGCAAGUCAAGUUUGUUCAAGAACUCGAGCCCCAUAUUCUCAGAUGUGCCAAAGACUCGAACGGGAAUCACGUUAUUCAGAAGGUUAUCGAACGAGUUUCCCCUGACAGACUUGGUUUCAUUUCAACAUUCAUCGGCCACGCCCAUGGGCUUGCUUCUCAUCCAUUUGGCUGUCAUGUCUUGCAACAAUGUCUCCGUCACCUUCCUGAACCAUACACCCGGCCACUUCUCGAUGAACUUACAAGUCAUACCGCUAAUCUUAUGCAAGAUCAAUUUGGGAACUAUAUCGUCCAGUUCAUUCUGGAAAACGGAUUGCCUUGCGACCGAUCGUCCAUUCUUACUCAGCUUCGCGGGCGCGUGCUAGCAAUGGCUUGCCACAAGUUUGCCUCCAACGUCUGUGAGAAGGCGAUGAUCUUUGGUGACUCAGAUGGUCGCAAGGCGAUAAUCGAAGAACUGAUGGGACCGGCUUUGCGACCUGAUGGCCUGACACCAAUCGGGUUGCUCAUGAAGGAUCAAUACGGCAAUUAUGUUCUCCAGCGAGCGCUUGCAGUAGCGGAAGGCGAGCAGAAAGAGGCUCUCACCAAUGCUAUUCGUCCCCAACUGGCCACUAUGCGCAAACAUGCUGCUUACAGCAAACAUCUUGCCUCUAGUGCGAUUUUCUUCCACUUCUCAUCCUUCUGA